AUGUCCACUGUUAACCGGGUCAAAUAUUUCUUCCACAAGAACGCGAGAAAUCUCACUGAAGAGAAGCGAGAAGCACUAGUGCGUCUUGCUUACCAGACAGCGACCGCAAAGAAUUUGUAUCCUAGAAUGGUCUUCAUCAGGUCUGAUAUUCACGACACUACCAUAAUCAAUGGAAAAUACCAGAAAGAUCCUCUCGGCGAUCAUAUUACCAUGUGUUUCAAGGACGAUGAGCAUAUCCGUGCAGGCACCCAUAUUGCUUGCCAUGGUUAUGUUGAUAGCAAAACGAGCUUGCAGUUUCGUGAGACUACAGACACUCCAGAAAAGUCGGACUCUAUCCUUAAAAAGAACGAUGAACCUGUGUGGCCACCAAGCAGCAAGCUUUACGAGUACCCCCAUGAUGGCUAUUACAGUCACUUGGAUGGACAGAAGAAGAAAUAG